AUGUCACCUCUCGACUCACCCUCAUCGACAUCCUCGUCCCCUGCCUUCGGGCGCAAGACGCGUUCCUUUGCACGUAGAUGCGAACGUCGCUGCUGCACCAUCGCGACCUAUUUUCCUCUUGUGUUCGUUUACAGUCUCACCACCUGGGCCGCCUAUGUGGAAGCCAGCAUCGGCCUUCCAACCCUGGCUUUUGGAAAUACAAAAUCAUGGACUUCAAAGCCCUCCUCUAUCAUUGGAGUCUGCCUCUACAUCCUCCUUAAUGUUUCCUAUACCACCGCGGUCUUCACAGACCCUGGAUCACCCUCCAGUCCCCGCAGCUCACCGCGCAAAGACCACAAAGGCUACUCUCAUCUGCCUACCAGUGAAGCCUCCUCACAGUUCACGCUCGCUCAGCCUAUCACUGUAUCAUCUACCGGCGCUCCUCGUUAUUGCAAAAAAUGCACCCAUCCUAAGCCCGACCGGACUCAUCACUGCUCCACCUGCCACCGAUGUGUCCUGAAAAUGGACCACCACUGUCCGUGGCUUGCGACCUGUGUCGGUCUACACAACUAUAAGCCUUUCGUCCUUUUCCUCGUCUACACUAGCUUGUUCUGUUGGGUAUGCUUUGGCAGUACAGCGUAUUGGGUAUGGACCGAGCUGCUGAACGCAGAGAGAUAUCAGGAAAAUCUGAUGCCAAUCAAUGUGGUUUUACUGGCGGUCAUUAGUGGUAUAAUCGGAUUGGUGUUGACUGGCUUCACCGCUUGGCACUUGUAUCUGUGUGUAAGGGGAAUGACGACGAUUGAGUGUUUAGAAAAGACAAGAUAUCUGAGAGGCGUGAGGAGCAGGAUUGAGAGGCAAAGGAUCGAGGCAUUGCAUCAUCCCUACGAUGCGAGCGAGCCACAUGGGGUGCAGGAAAGGCUACAGAGGGCAGGGGAGAUGGUGCUUGAAUUCCAUGCAAAUGCUGUUCCGGGUGCCACACGCCUAGAGGAGGGAGAAGAGAGACUCAGUCCAACAACAAUCCAGCCGGGUCCUGUGCCUGCCCACAAAUCUCCUUAUCACCAAUCCGGGUCAGAUAACAUGACCCCCGCCCAAUCAUCACUUGCACGGACCUACGCGUUGCAGGAAGCCGACCGCGAACGCUCACGAUAUGAAGACUAUCUUGCCGAUCAGGAAUCCUCCAAAUUGCCCAACGCAUUUGACCUUGGCUGGCGACGGAACCUACUCCAUCUCUUCGGGGCCAAGUGGUAUCUGUGGGCUUUGCCCAUUACUAAUACCACUGGGGAUGGGUGGAAGUGGGAGGUGAGUCAGCAAUGGAUUGAUGCUGUCGAGGAGCAAGCAGAAAGGAGAGAGAGAGAUGGAACGGGACAAGCACUUUUUGGCAGUGGACUGAGGGGUGGGGAUGGUUAUGCAGGCGCCAACGACCUGGAGAAUGGGUAUCCUCACUCUCAAUCCGGCAGGCCAAGUAGCCAAGGGGCAAUGUCGAUGCAGACGCUCAAGCGGCCGGGUCGUACACUGGCAAAGGCCAAGCAGAGAAGAGACCUUGACCAUGGAGAUGGCGGAGAAGUUGACUCCUUUGAAGUCAGCAGUAGUGAUGCCCGCUCGUCCUCUGACAGUGGCCCACGAUCAGGCAGUCGAUAUAAUGACAGAUGGCGAGAUUGGGAUUGA